AUGCAAAGUCCCAGCCUGCCCACCUGCCCACUGUUGCCAGUACUUCUUACUCUUGCUGGAGAUGACAUUCAGCCAGCUCCCCAGCCCCGACGCUUCGUUAUGUAAGGCUGUCUAGGUCAAGUGUAGGAGACCCACUGCUGGCCUGUGAAAACUCAUGGAACUCUUCCUUCAGAUUAACACUUCAGGGACUAUGGAAGCUGGAGGAAGCUGAGCUUUUACUACAUCUUUUGGGGGACUUUCAUAUGCGGAGUAAAUGGUAAUUAAAAUGUGCAGGAUGACAAGAUGGAGCAAACAGUGCUUUUACCACCAGGUCCUGACAGCUUCAACUUCUUCACCAGAGAAUCUCUUGCGGCUAUUGAAAGACGCAUUGCAGAAGAAAAGGCUAAGAAUCCCAAACCUGACAAGAGAGAUGAUGACGAAAAUGGCCCAAAGCCAAAUAGUGACUUGGAAGCUGGAAAGAACCUUCCUUUUAUUUACGGAGACAUCCCUCCAGGGAUGGUGUCAGAGCCGCUGGAGGAUCUGGACCCGUACUAUAUCAAUAAGAAAACUUUUAUAGUAUUGAAUAAAGGGAAGGCCAUCUUCCGGUUCAGUGCCACCUCUGCCCUGUACAUUUUAACUCCCUUCAAUCCUCUUAGGAAAAUAGCUAUUAAGAUUUUGGUACAUUCAUUAUUCAGCAUGCUAAUUAUGUGCACUAUUUUGACAAACUGUGUAUUUAUGACAAUGAGUAACCCUCCCGACUGGACAAAGAAUGUAGAGUACACCUUCACAGGAAUAUAUACUUUUGAAUCACUUAUAAAAAUUAUUGCAAGGGGCUUCUGUUUAGAAGACUUUACUUUCCUUCGGGACCCGUGGAACUGGCUCGACUUCACUGUCAUUACAUUUGCAUACGUGACAGAGUUUGUGGACCUGGGCAAUGUCUCAGCACUAAGAACAUUCAGAGUUCUCCGAGCGUUGAAAACAAUUUCAGUCAUUCCAGGCCUGAAGACCAUUGUGGGGGCCCUGAUCCAGUCCGUGAAGAAGCUUUCUGAUGUCAUGAUCCUGACUGUGUUCUGUCUGAGCGUGUUUGCCCUGAUUGGGCUGCAGCUGUUCAUGGGCAACCUGCGGAAUAAAUGUGUACAAUGGCCUCCCACCAAUGCUUCCCUGGAGGAACACAGUAUAGAGAGGAAUGUAACUAUGAAUUACAAUGGCACGCUUGUCAAUGAAACUCACUUUGAGUUUGACUGGAAAUCAUAUAUUCAAGAUACAAGAUAUCAUUAUUUUCUGGAGGGUGUUUUGGAUGCACUACUAUGUGGAAAUAGCUCUGAUGCAGGUCAAUGUCCAGAAGGAUAUGUGUGUGUGAAAGCUGGUAGAAAUCCUAAUUAUGGCUAUACAAGCUUUGAUACCUUCAGUUGGGCUUUUUUGUCUCUGUUUCGAUUGAUGACUCAGGACUUCUGGGAAAAUCUGUAUCAACUGACAUUACGUGCUGCUGGAAAAACAUACAUGAUCUUUUUUGUGCUGGUCAUUUUCUUGGGCUCAUUCUAUCUGAUAAAUUUGAUCCUGGCUGUGGUGGCCAUGGCCUAUGAGGAACAGAAUCAGGCCACCUUGGAAGAGGCAGAACAGAAAGAGGCUGAAUUUCAGCAGAUGCUUGAACAGCUUAAAAAGCAACAGGAGACAGCUCAGCAGGCAGCUGCUGUCAGUGCCUCAGAGCAUUCCAGAGAAGUUAGUGCCGCUGGGGGACUCUCUGACAGCUCAUCCGAAGCCUCCAAGUUGAGUUCCAAGAGUGCAAAGGAAAGAAGAAAUCGGAGAAAGAAAAGAAAACAGAAAGAGCAGUCUGGUGGGGAAGAGAAAGAUGAGGAUGAAUUCCAUAAAUCUGAAUCUGAAGACAGCAUCAGGAGGAAAGGGUUUCGCUUCUCCAUAGAAGGGAAUCGAUUGACAUAUGAAAAGAGGUACUCCUCCCCACACCAGUCUUUGUUGAGCAUCCGUGGCUCCCUAUUUUCUCCAAGGCGAAAUAGCAGAACGAGCCUUUUCAGCUUUAGAGGGCGAGCAAAGGAUGUGGGAUCGGAGAAUGACUUUGCUGAUGAUGAGCACAGCACCUUUGAGGAUAACGAGAGCCGGAGAGACUCCUUGUUUGUGCCCCGACGACAUGGAGAGCGGCGCAACAGUAACCUGAGUCAGACCAGUAGGUCUUCCCGGAUGCUGGCAGUGUUUCCAGCGAAUGGGAAGAUGCACAGCACUGUGGAUUGCAAUGGUGUGGUUUCCUUGGUUGGUGGACCUUCAGUUCCUACAUCGCCUGUUGGACAGCUUCUGCCAGAGGUGAUAAUAGAUAAGCCAGCUACUGAUGACAAUGGAACAACCACUGAAACGGAGAUGAGGAAGAGAAGGUCAAGUUCUUUCCAUGUUUCCAUGGACUUUCUAGAAGAUCCUUCCCAAAGGCAAAGAGCAAUGAGUAUAGCCAGCAUUUUAACAAAUACAGUAGAAGAACUUGAAGAAUCCAGACAGAAAUGCCCACCCUGUUGGUAUAAAUUUUCCAACAUAUUCUUAAUCUGGGACUGUUCACCAUAUUGGUUAAAAGUGAAACAUAUUGUCAACCUGGUUGUGAUGGACCCAUUUGUUGACCUGGCCAUCACCAUCUGUAUUGUCUUAAAUACUCUUUUCAUGGCCAUGGAGCACUAUCCAAUGACAGAACAUUUCAAUAAUGUGCUUGCUGUAGGAAACUUGGUUUUCACUGGGAUCUUUACAGCAGAAAUGUUUCUGAAAAUUAUUGCCAUGGAUCCUUACUAUUAUUUCCAAGAAGGCUGGAAUAUCUUUGAUGGUUUUAUUGUGACACUUAGCCUGGUAGAACUUGGCCUCGCCAAUGUGGAAGGAUUAUCAGUUCUCCGUUCAUUCCGACUGCUUCGAGUUUUCAAGCUGGCAAAAUCUUGGCCAACAUUAAAUAUGCUAAUAAAGAUCAUCGGCAAUUCAGUGGGGGCUCUGGGCAACCUCACCUUGGUGUUGGCCAUCAUUGUCUUCAUUUUUGCUGUGGUCGGCAUGCAGCUAUUUGGUAAAAGCUACAAAGAUUGUGUCUGUAAGAUCUCCACCAGCUGUGAGCUCCCACGCUGGCACAUGAAUGACUUCUUCCACUCCUUCCUGAUUGUGUUCCGUGUGCUGUGUGGAGAGUGGAUAGAAACCAUGUGGGACUGUAUGGAGGUCGCUGGUCAAGCCAUGUGCCUUACUGUCUUCAUGAUGGUCAUGGUGAUUGGAAACCUGGUGGUCCUGAACCUCUUUCUGGCCUUGCUUCUGAGCUCAUUUAGUGCAGACAAUCUUGCAGCCACGGAUGAUGAUAAUGAAAUGAACAAUCUCCAAAUAGCUGUGGACAGGAUGCACAAGGGAAUAGCUUACGUGAAGAGAAAAAUAUAUGAAUUUAUUCAACAAUCCUUUGUUAGAAAACAAAAGAUUUUAGAUGAAAUUAAACCACUUGAUGACCUAAACAAUAAGAAAGACAGUUGUAUGUCCAAUCAUACAACAGAAAUUGGAAAAGAUCUUGACUAUCUUAAAGACGUGAAUGGAACCACAAGUGGAAUAGGAACCGGCAGCAGUGUUGAAAAAUACAUUAUUGAUGAAAGCGAUUACAUGUCAUUCAUAAAUAAUCCCAGUCUUACUGUGACUGUACCAAUUGCUGUUGGAGAGUCUGACUUUGAAAAUUUAAACACAGAGGACUUCAGUAGUGAAUCAGAUCUCGAGGAAAGCAAAGAGAAACUGAAUGGAAGCAGUAGUAGUUCCUCUGAAGGCAGCACUGUAGACAUUGGGGCACCUGCGGAAGAGCAGCCUGUGGUGGAACCUGAGGAAACCCUUGAACCUGAAGCCUGUUUCACUGAAGGCUGUGUACAAAGAUUUAAAUGUUGUCAAAUCAGUGUGGAAGAAGGGAGGGGAAAACAAUGGUGGAACCUGAGAAGAACGUGUUUCCGAAUAGUUGAACAUAAUUGGUUUGAGACCUUCAUUGUCUUCAUGAUUCUCCUUAGUAGUGGUGCACUGGCAUUUGAAGAUAUAUAUAUUGAUCAGCGAAAGACAAUUAAGACAAUGUUGGAAUAUGCUGACAAGGUUUUCACUUACAUUUUCAUCCUGGAAAUGCUUCUAAAAUGGGUGGCAUAUGGCUAUCAAACAUAUUUCACCAAUGCCUGGUGUUGGCUGGACUUCUUAAUUGUGGAUGUUUCAUUGGUCAGUUUAACAGCAAAUGCCUUGGGUUACUCAGAACUUGGCGCCAUCAAAUCUCUCAGGACACUAAGAGCUCUGAGACCUCUGAGAGCCUUAUCACGAUUUGAAGGGAUGAGGGUGGUUGUGAAUGCCCUUUUAGGAGCAAUUCCAUCCAUCAUGAAUGUGCUUCUGGUUUGUCUUAUAUUCUGGCUAAUUUUCAGCAUCAUGGGCGUAAAUUUGUUUGCUGGCAAAUUCUACCACUGUAUUAACACCACAACUGGUGACAUGUUUGACAUCACCGAAGUGAAUAAUCAUUCUGAUUGCCUAGAACUAAUAGAAAGAAAUGAGACUGCCCGAUGGAAAAAUGUGAAAGUAAACUUUGAUAAUGUAGGAUUUGGGUAUCUCUCUUUGCUUCAAGUUGCCACAUUUAAGGGAUGGAUGGAUAUAAUGUAUGCAGCAGUUGACUCCAGAAAUGUGGAACUCCAGCCUAAGUAUGAGGAAAGUCUAUACAUGUAUCUUUACUUUGUUAUUUUCAUCAUCUUUGGGUCCUUCUUCACCUUGAACCUGUUUAUUGGUGUCAUCAUAGAUAAUUUCAACCAGCAAAAAAAGAAGUUUGGAGGCCAAGACAUCUUUAUGACAGAAGAACAGAAGAAAUACUAUAAUGCAAUGAAAAAAUUAGGAUCGAAAAAGCCACAAAAGCCUAUACCUCGACCAGGAAACAAAUUUCAAGGAAUGGUCUUUGACUUUGUAACCAGACAAGUUUUUGACAUAAGCAUCAUGAUUCUUAUCUGUCUCAACAUGGUCACAAUGAUGGUAGAAACAGAUGACCAGAGUGAAUAUGUGACUAGCAUUUUGUCACGCAUCAACCUGGUGUUUAUUGUGUUGUUCACUGGAGAGUGUGUGCUGAAGCUCAUCUCCCUCCGCCAUUAUUAUUUUACCAUAGGCUGGAAUAUUUUUGAUUUUGUGGUUGUCAUUCUCUCCAUUGUGGGCAUGUUUCUGGCUGAGCUGAUAGAAAAAUACUUUGUGUCCCCUACCCUGUUCCGAGUGAUCCGGCUCGCCAGGAUUGGUCGAAUCUUGCGUCUGAUCAAAGGGGCCAAGGGGAUCCGCACGCUGCUCUUUGCUCUGAUGAUGUCCCUUCCUGCCUUGUUUAAUAUCGGCCUCCUGCUCUUCCUGGUCAUGUUCAUCUACGCCAUCUUUGGAAUGUCCAACUUUGCCUAUGUCAAGAGGGAAGUUGGAAUUGAUGACAUGUUCAACUUUGAGACCUUUGGCAACAGCAUGAUCUGCCUGUUCCAAAUUACCACCUCUGCUGGCUGGGACGGAUUGCUAGCACCUAUUCUCAACAGUAAGCCCCCUGAUUGUGAUCCUAAUAAAGUUAACCCUGGAAGCUCAGUUAAGGGAGAUUGUGGAAACCCCUCUGUGGGGAUUUUCUUUUUUGUCAGUUACAUCAUCAUAUCAUUUCUGGUUGUGGUGAACAUGUACAUUGCUGUCAUCCUGGAGAACUUCAGUGUUGCUACCGAGGAAAGUGCAGAGCCCCUGAGUGAGGAUGACUUUGAGAUGUUCUACGAGGUUUGGGAGAAGUUUGAUCCUGAUGCCACCCAGUUUAUGGAAUUUGAAAAACUAUCUCAGUUUGCCGCUGCUCUCGAACCCCCCCUCAAUUUGCCACAACCGAACAAACUCCAGCUCAUUGCCAUGGAUUUGCCUAUGGUCAGUGGUGACCGAAUCCACUGUCUUGACAUCUUAUUUGCUUUUACAAAGCGGGUUCUGGGAGAGAGUGGAGAGAUGGAUGCUCUCCGAAUACAGAUGGAAGAGCGAUUCAUGGCUUCCAACCCAUCAAAGGUCUCUUAUCAGCCAAUAACUACGACUUUAAAACGGAAACAAGAGGAGGUGUCUGCCGUGAUUAUUCAGCGUGCUUACAGGCGCCACCUUCUAAAGCGAACUGUAAAACAAGCUUCAUUUACGUAUAAUAAAAAUAAAAUCAAAGGUGGGGCUAAUCUUCUUGUAAAAGAAGACCUGAUAAUUGACAGAAUAAACGAAAACUCGAUUACGGAAAAAACUGAACUGACCAUGUCCACAGCAGCUUGUCCACCUUCCUAUGAUCGGGUAACAAAGCCAAUCGUGGAAAAACAUGAGCAAGAAGGCAAAGAUGAAAAAGGCAAAGGGAAAUAAAUGAAAAUAAAUAAGAAUAAUUGGGUGACAAAUUGUUUACAGCCUGUGAAGGUGAUGUAUUUUUGUCAACAGGACUCCUUUGGGAGGUCAAUGCCAAACUGACUGUUUUUACACAAAUCUACUUAAGGUCUGUGCCUACAAUAAGACAGUGACCCCUUGUCAGAAAACUGUAACUCUGUGUAAAGGGAAGACGACCUCAACAGGAGGUUACUGUUCUCACUACCAGCUGACACUGCUGAAGAUGAGACAAAAUGGCUACUCAGACUAUAAGGACCAGUUCAAAGGGGUGCAAACCUAUAAUUUGUGGGUUGUUUAACAUGAAACACUUUAGUGUAGUAAUUGUAUCCACUCUUUGCAUUUCAACUGCCACAUUUGUCACAUUUUUACAAAAUCUGUUAGGGGAUUCAUCUUUUUUUUAAUCCAUAUGUUGUUUAUUAUAUGUGACUAUUUUUGUAAAUGGGGUUUCUGUUGUGAAAUAGACAAAGGGCCUCUUCAAUAGGUAAGCCACUGGGGGUUAGCGCAAUCACACGGCCUCCCAUCUGCACAAAGGUGUGGUGUGCAUGAGGGCAUGCUGCACUUAGAGAUCA